AUAAUAAAGCAAAAGGUAAAAAAAAAAAAAAUUGUUUCUUUCUCUCUCUAGGAUCUAGAGAGAGAAAGAGAAACUCCGUCCUGCGCGCGCCAUGGCAGAAAGUAAUAACAAUUAUGAUAAUGGUGGCGGUGUUGUACAAGGAAUUCCGUUGUUUGCGAAAGAAUUGAUCGCCGGUGGUGUCGCCGGCGGUGUUGCCAAAACCAUCGUUGCUCCUCUUGAGCGUGUGAAAAUCCUCUUUCAGACUAGAAGUGAAUUUCACGAUAUAGGAUUGUUAGCGUCUUUUAGAAGGAUUGCAAAGACCGAAGGACUUAUUGGGUUUUACAGGGGAAAUGGAGCUAGUGUUGCCAGGAUUGUUCCUUAUGCAGCUUUACAUUAUAUGGCAUAUGAGCAAUAUAGAAGGCAUAUUAACUACAACUUUCCUGGCAUGGGAAACGGUCCAGUUGUUGAUCUGUUAGCAGGAUCUUUAUCUGGAGGAACUGCUGUGCUUUUUACUUACCCACUUGAUUUAGUUAGAACUAAAUUAGCUUAUCAGGUUGUUGAUACUCCCAAAUUGAAUAUUAAAGGAGCCAUGGCUAGCGAACAAGCAUUCAGAGGAAUUAGGGAUUGUUUUUCAAGGACUUAUAGAGAGGCUGGGAUGAGAGGGCUUUAUCGGGGUGUAGCUCCAUCACUCUAUGGAAUCUUUCCUUACUCGGGUUUGAAGUUUUACUUCUAUGAGGAAAUGAAAAGCCAUGUCCCUGAUGAUUACAGAAAGAACAUAAUGGUCAAACUUGCUUGUGGAUCUGUUGCUGGGUUACUUGGUCAGACUUUCACAUAUCCUUUGGAUGUCGUGCGGAGGCAAAUGCAGGUUCAGCGGUUACAGGGUUCCAGCAGCUUACAAUUGAAAGGAACAAUGGGAACUCUUAUCAUGAUUGUCCAAAAAGAAGGAUGGAAGCAUUUAUUUUCAGGACUGAGCAUUAACUAUAUGAAGGUUGUGCCAUCAGUUGCAAUUGGAUUUACAGUCUAUGACGUUAUGAAAGCGUAUUUGAGGGUUCCACCACGAGAUAAAGUUAUUGAUGAAAUGGCCACGAACAAAAGAGAGAACCAGUCGUCAACCUUGCCCUCAUCACAAUCCGUCUCUUAAAAUUCCAACAUACUUUGGUAUUCUUUUCCUCAUUAGUAUUCAGGCCAUUAACAUUUGUACAUCUGAUUCUUCCAUGACCUAGCCUAGGUUUGUAUGACGUAUAGAUACAAUUAUAACCUCUCCAAAAGUUUGGUUGAGGUGCGUAUAAAUAAAUCCUUAGAUUAAGAACAAUGCAGAAAUAUGUUACAUGUCGAGAUCAAAUUUGUACAUAAGAGUGAGAUUUGUAUAUAAAUUUGUAACAUCUUUUCAUGCAGCAUAUUAUGAUUUGAAUAAAGUAAGCAUAAAAUUCCUUUA